AUGUCCUUGUCCCAUUUAACAAAUGAUGAGAAUUUUGCUUUAGAGGUUAAAACAAAGGAAGAUCAAUCCCCUUUCGACAGUUUCUUGGAUUAUGGAAAUUCAAAUCCGCAUGAGAUUUAUGAUGGUGCUGCUGAAUCUGCAGUGAAGUUCAUGCACAGGAGUUAUAGCAGCAAUUCUUUUGAAAAUGAACCGAAUUUUCUAUUUCAACCUCGAUUUGAUAAUCUUUUUGAGUCUCAAAAUUUGCAAAAUGAUAUGCUGAAUUCCCCAGAAAGCAGUUUCUCUUCUGGUCAAAUGAGAAAGGUUAGUGGCACUGGAGAUUUACAGGUCAGUUCGCAUUGA